AUGUUAAUAUAUGUGUAUAUCAACAACGUGUUCCAUGUCUCUCAGUUGAAACCCGCCUUAGGCUCUGGUCAUCAGAUAUCAUCACUUCCGGAUUCUUUUGCCCAGAGGUCUGAGUUGAUUGUAGAACCAGAAGCGGUUUUGGAGACACGUUAUGAUAAUGGAGGACAUUUGGAAGCCUUGGUGCAAUGGAAGGGUCUUCCUGCACAUGAAACGACGUGGGUUCGUGCAUCGGAGUUGCUUAAGGAGUUUCCUGAACUUGAGGACAAGCUUUGUCUUGACGAGGGGGGUAAUGUUAGACUGCUUAACCGGUUUGUGAGGAGAAGGAAGAAGGUUGGUUUAGCAAUUACCGGAAAUGACGAGUCUCUCAUUCAGCCAGAGGGUUAG